ACUUCCUGUCGUAAAAGGAGACACUGCCGUAGACUGGAGCGGCGGUCCUGUCGUUCGCUUCAGGUACAUCAGGUAGAGAAUUCAUUACCCUCUCGUUAAAGAAGUUUCUUCGCAUCCCAGUUCUGAGUAGCUGACAUCCGGUACUAAAUGUGGCAGCCAGGGUAAACAUCAUCCCUGCAUCCUCUGUUCAAUGCAGAAUUAAAGUUUGGAUCUGAAGCUAAGAAGUGACUCCAUGACCAGCAUUUUUUCAUUCAAUUUCAGACACACGAUGAUUCAUUAGGGGGAAAAGAAAACAUGGACAUGGGUCAACAACAUCCUUCUUUGAUUAAGGUUCAGGAAAUUCAGAAGGAAAUACUGGAAACCAAACGACUUGUACUUUUGUUCAGUGGUACUAAAUCUGACAGAGAAUAUAAGCAACUGGAGAGCUCUUUGAUUAAGUUGCUGUUUGAGUUGGAUGCAGUAGAUACAGACGGCAAGACGGCAAUUCAGAAUGGCCGCAAAGUUGCAGCAAAGGACGUGGAGGAUCUUCUGAAGGAGCUGGAGCAAACCGCAACUCACCCGUCACGCCUGAAGGUGGAACAGAUCUUCGGUGAUGCACAGCAGCUGGUUACCAAUGAGCUAUCAUCUGCUGAGGGCUUGAUAACCGAGGAGUUUGCUGAUCGCAUUCAAGAAAUAAUUUUUCAGCUGGCACAGGUUAAGACAGGAGGGAAAAUUAGCUUGAGGAAAGCUAGAUAUCGAGCACUGACAAGAAUUUGUGCUGUGCAGGACAUCAUUGACAACUGCAUUGGGCGACAAGCACUCAGUUUGCCCCUCUCCACAAAUACACAUCCUUCUGUUUCUAGAAUCAAUUCUGUUUUAUGUGAAGUUAGCAAAGGAAGAUGGGAUGUGAUUGGCCUGCUGAUGAGCCUAAACGCCCUGGACAAUUGUGCCCAUCUGUCCCGUGUCCUCACUGGAUUGUUAAUGCAAUUGGAUGCUAUAGAUGUGUCUGGACACUUGGAGGUGAGAAACUACAGGAAACGAGUGGUGCACGAAAUCAAUUGCUUACUGGGACAUUUGGAGAUGGAAUCAGAGGGAGAGUCUGCGGGACGUUAUGAUUUAGCACAGAAUCAGUCCAUCAAACGGAUAGAGGACAUACGUCAGAAGACGACGCAAUUAAAAUAUCAGCUGCUGCAACUGGAAAAUGCCUCUGAUCUGCACUUCAAACCACAUGCUGAAUUGCAAAGUCUUCUCAGCGAGUUGGAUCAAGUUGACAUUGACAAGAAUCCAUGUAUUCGUGAAGCUAGAAGAAGGUCAGUGGUUGAUGUGCAGGCUGUGAUUGCUUAUUUUGACUUGAAGGAGUCUCUUGAAAAGAGAGAAAACAUGAAGGAGGAAUUAACAAAUGAGCACCCUUCACAGAAAGCCAUAUGGGAGGUCCUACGUCACUUAUCAGAAUUUCAAAAGCAAGCGCUGUCAUUUGAUGGUGUUAGAACUGACAAGAAUUAUGUGAUACUGGAAGAAAUGCUUACAAAACAACUUUUAGCACUCGACGCUGUGGAAACUCAAGGAAAUGAUGGUGCUAAGAUUGCCAGAAAACAAGCAGUGAAAUUUGCCCAGAAUAUUUUAAAUUACCUAGACAUGAAAACAGAUGAAUGGGAAUACUAAUUCAUGAAUUAGUAUUUUUAAGCUUGCGUUUUGAACAGCUUAAGAGAAUUGUUCAGACUAUUGCAUUUAUCAAUGUCGUGCAGAUUAAACCCCAUCUCAUAAGUUAUCAUCAUUUACAAAAGAAGAC